CCCCCUCCCUCUGGCGCAGCCAUGCCGGGGCCGCGGAAGCGGCUUCCUCGCGAGCAGGAGGCGGCGGCGGCGGCGGAGGGGACCCUGGCCAAGGCGCCCUCCCCGCCCCGCCUGGGCGCCGCCUUCUUCGACCAGCCGUGCGUCCGCCUGGCCAGGGCGCUGCUCGGACAGGUGAGGGACGGGGACCCUCCGGGGAGGAGGCGCACGGGCCGGGUGGGCACGGCUUCCUUCGCCGGGGAGGCGCCCCCGACGGCGGGGCAGAGCGGAGACCCUCCGGCCCCGAGCGGGGCCUGGCCAGGGCAGGAGCGAAAGCGCAAUUACGCACGCAGAGAAGCGCACGCCUGAAGUCUGCUCAUGUUUCAUUGUUUCGCUGUUGUGUCCCCCCCACCCCGAUGAUUUUAGCUGCUUCUGUUUCAUCUGUAAGACGCCUUGGCUCCCCGUGUGGAGAAAAGGCAGUUCUGUAUAUAAAUUUAAUGAUUAUGAUAAUGAUAAUGAUAAUGAUAAUAAUAAUAAUAAUAAUUAAUACAGGGUCCUCGCCGCGCAAUCACAUUCACCCGGUUUUAUAUCAACUGUACUGGCUCCCGGUGGAGUACAGGAUCAGGUUUAAGGUGCUGGUUUUGACCUUUAAAGCCCUAUGCGACCUAGGACCCUCGUACACACAGGACCGCCUCUCCUGGUAUGUCCCACAGAGGACCUGACGGUCUUCAAAUAAAAACAUCUUGGAGAUCCUGGGCCACAGGGAGGUUAGGCUGGCCUCGGCCAGAGCCAGGGCUUCUUCGGCCGUGGCCCCGAUCUGGUGGAACGCUCUGUCCCAAGAGACCAGGGCCCUGUGAGACUUGACAUCUUUCCGCAGGGCCUGCAAGACAGAGCUGUUCCGCCAGGCCUUUGGCCAAGGCACAGUCUGACCCUCUUUUUCCUUCUGUAAUCCUCAUAGAACUCUAACCCAAUGGUUGCCAUUAAUUUGAUAUUGAAUUGAUUUUAGAAUGAGUUGAUUUUGGAAUGCUGUGUUACUUUUAUUGUUGUUAGCCGCUCUGAGCCUGGCUUCGUCUGGGGAGGGCGGGAUAUUAAUAAAAUAUUAUUAUUAUUUAAUAUUUAGCCAUGCAGCCCCCUUGUGGCUCUUUGCUCCUGCCCACUCCUCCCACCUGGUGAUGCUGCUUCCAAUGGGGGGCGGCACCUGAGACCUUCUGCAUGCCAGGCAGGUGCUCCUCCGCCCAUCUAGGGUGCCAGAGGCCCUGCAGCUGUUGGGGCGAUGCCAGGGUUGGACUCCUCCUGCUUUUUUUUGCACACCUUCCGGCUUCCUCUACGGAGCGUCUUCUUGUUGUGCGGCCAGGACUCUGUCAGAUCUCGGAGGUCAGGGUGGGAGCCUCCCUGGUGGUGGGACUUCUGCUGCCAGGGCUCAGCCACUGCCCCCUCUUUCGAACCCAUCGCUUGCCCCCAGAGCUGUACCUUCAUCUUUGCAACCACAUGGGGAGUCUCUGUGCGCUGCCCACAAGUGGCAGUGGCUGCAAGAGUUGGCUUUCUGAAAUGUGGAAGAGGUGCUGGCAUGCCCUCUCUCCUGCAGCCCCCCAGGCGGCUCUGGUCUGGGGGCUUGUGGCGCUCAGCCUUCCCUCUGCUUCCCAGAUCCUGGUCCGGAGGCUUCCAGAUGGGAGAGCGCUCCAGGGGCGCAUUGUGGAAACGGAGGCCUACCUGGGAGGAGAGGACACCGCGUCCCACUCCAGGGGCGGGCGGCAGACUGCCAGGAACACGGCCAUGUUCAUGGCGCCGGGCACUCUGUACGUGUACCAGAUCUACGGGAUCUACUUCUGCAUGAACAUCUCCAGCCAAGGUAAGCAGGUGGCCGUCCUGCAGGAAAGCUCUGAGCCCUCCGGGGGAGUUUGGGGGGCCUCUCCUGCCCCCAACCCUCAUCUGGCAGGCACACAGGCCCUGUGGGGAGGGCAAGGGGGCUGUGCUUUGUUCUGAGCAUCAGAAGAGAGCCAAAUUGAUGGAUCUGGCCAAAGGGUCCAUCAAAGCCAACAUUCUCUGUGCCCAUCCAGAAACUCAAGGGAAUAAUAAUAGUAAUAAUUUAUUAUUUAUACCCCGCCCAUCUGGCUGGGUUUCCCCAGCCACUCUGGGCGGCUUUCAACAGAAUAUUAAAAUACAAUUAAACAUUAAAAACUUCCCUAAAUAGGGCUGCCUUCACAUGUCUUUUAAAAGUAAAAUAGUUGUUUAUUGCCUUGACAUCUGACAAGAGGGCAUUCCCCAGGGCAGGUGCCACUAUGGAGAAGGCCCUCUGCCUGGUCCCCUGUAACCUCGCUUCUCGCAGGGAGGAAACCGCCAGAAGGCCCUUGGAGCUGGACCUCAGUGUCCGGGCAGAAUGAUGGGGGUGGAGACGCUCCUUCAGAUAUACAGGAGUGAGGCUUAGAUCAAAGCGCUUGGGCUGACUUUCUGCUCCCCAGGCAGCCUAGUCCUUUCUUCAAGGUGGGGGGUCCAGCCGUGGUUGUUGCUUGAAAGCCCCCCCCCCCCAGAUCCUGGCUUCUUUGAACCAGGGGAAUAUGGUGUGGCCUCCAUUUCUGCCCCUCUCCCCCAGACAAGUGUCCCUGGUCGGGUGCGGCUGCCAUGUCCUGGCCUGUGGCAGUGGACAAGGGCAUCCCUUCCGGGAAGGGGAAGGGGGCUGACUGUGCAUGCCCCAGGGGCCGUAUCCCAGUCCUGCCUCCGGCCCUCGCAGCAGCCAGCCAGGGCCCCCCAAGGGAAGCCCACAAGCGGGAGCCAAGGGCAGGAGCAACUGGCCCCACUUGGGAUUCGCGGUAUCUCAUAUUCAGAGGCAUUUGAUGCCCUUUGAAAGCCCUCCAAGUUGGAGGCCAUCAAAUUCAAUGGUUUAUGUGAGGUUUUGUCUGUUCUGACACUUCCAGAAGAUCAAUAAGAAUAAUUUUCCUCCCUCUCAUACUAGUACAUGGCAGGAGAGGGAGGAAAACGCCUCUCUCUUCAUUUUCAGCCCGCUAUGCCUAAUUUUGUACCCCUCUCUAAUCCCCCUCCGUACUCACUUGUUUCCUAAAUGCUCCAGCGCUUCCUCCUCAGGGAACUGGUCCAGGCAACAUCCAGAUCCUCUUGGUUGCCCCUUUCUGACCCUUCUUCACCUUUCAAGGUGAGAUGACAGCAACGGCGCAUGGUCUCCCCAUAGAUUGGUAGAAGGGCAUUAGAAUACGGGAGGUUUUCUUGCGACCCCCUUCCGAAAGAUCCCUUGAGCCGGGAUUGGCCUGCCCUGACCUUUGCCCCCUCCCUUCUCUCUCUCGCCAGGGGAUGGGGCGGCUGUCCUGCUGCGCUCCUUGGAGCCCCUGCAGGGCCUGGAGGCGAUGAGGGAGCUGCGCCUGGCUCAGCGGAAAGGGGCCCCCCGCACCCUCAAGGACCGGCACCUGUGCAACGGGCCUUCCAAGCUCUGCCAGGCCCUGGCUGUGGACAAGACCUUCGACCAGCGGGACCUGGCCUGCCAUCCGGCCGUGUGGCUGGAGCCCGGCCUGGACGUGCCCAGGGAGGAAGACGUCAUCUCCGCUCCCCGCAUUGGCAUCAGCGGCGAGUGGGCACAGCAGCCCCUGCGCUUCUACGUCUGGGGCAACCCGUGCGUGAGCGUGACGGACAAGGCGGCCGAGGGGGCCAGAGGCAGCCGGCUGCCAGCGGAGGCCUCUCCCUGCUGCUGAUGCCCAGGAACUGGGGGGUCAGGAGGCUUCCCAGGAUGGGGAGAAGAACAGGGAAGGCCGGGACUCUUUCAGCCUUGUGAAUUUAUUUCUUUCCAUAAUAAAAUAAUUGUUUUGCUUUGA